GAUGCUGCCCCCCUCCCGGACCCAGCUGGGGCUUUUCUUCAUCUUGCUCUGCCCGGCCAACAUCAUCGGGCUGUGGUGGGCAGUGGGCAGCCCAUUGGUCAUGGAUCCCAACAGCAUCUGCCGCAAGACCAAGCGACUGGCUGGGAAGCAGGCUGAACUGUGCCAGACAGAGCCCGAGAUAGUGCAGGAGGUUGCCAAGGGUGCCAGACUGGGUGUGCGCGAAUGCCAACAUCAGUUCCGCUUCCGCCGCUGGAACUGCACCAGCCACAGCAAAUAUUUUGGAAAGAUCCUGCAGCAGGACAUCCGGGAGGCGGCCUUCGUCUCGGCCAUCACGGCGGCGGGGGUGAGCCACGCCGUCACGCGCGCCUGCAGCCUGGGCGAGCUGCUGCAGUGCGGCUGCGAGGCCCCCCGCGGCCCCCGGGCGGGCCGCCCGCCGCCCCCUGCCGCGGGGCCCGAGGGCGCCGCCUGGGAGUGGGGCGGCUGCGGGGACGACGUGGCCUUCGGCGACCAGAAGUCGCGCCAGUUCAUGGACGCCCGGCGCAAGCGCGGCAGGAGCGACAUCCGCAGCCUCGUCGACCUGCACAACAACGAAGCCGGACGCCUGGCCGUGAGGAACCACAUGCGGACAGAGUGCAAAUGCCAUGGGCUUUCAGGUUCCUGUGCCUUACGCACCUGUUGGAAGAAGAUGCCCCCUUUCCGAGAGGUGGGCGACCACCUGCUUGAACGUUUUAACGGGGCUUUUAAAGUGAUGGGAGGCAACGAUGGCAAAACGCUCAUCCCUGUGGGUCGGAACAUCAAGCCACCAGAUCGGCAGGACCUCAUCUACUCUGCUGACUCACCUGACUUCUGCGUCGCAAACCGCAAGACAGGGUCCCUGGGCACACGUGGACGAGUGUGCAACAGCACUACCAUGGACGUGAGUGGCUGUGACUUGCUGUGCUGUGGGCGUGGCCACCGUGACGAGACGCUGCUCCUGGAGGAGAAUUGCCUUUGCCGCUUUCAUUGGUGCUGUGUGGUACAAUGCCGGAAAUGCACAGUCCGCAAAGAGCUCAGUUUGUGCAUUUGAAUGGGUGCAAAAAGGACAUUGGACAGGAAUGGCACAG